AUGGGCAAAGUAUAUAAAAGGUCCAAUUGCAUUACUAAAAAUCUAGAAAGCUUACUACUUGAAGACGAAUUGUUGGAUUUUGCUGUAGAAGUUGAAGAUGUUAAGGUUCGGUGUCACCGAGUUGUUAUGGCAGCGUCUUCAGAUUUCUUUAGAGCACUGUUACGGUGUGAAAUGAGGGGAGCAAAUGAUGGAUGUGUUACACUAAAUGGAAUAUCAGAACCAACAUUUCAACAUAUUUUAAAGUCAAUAUAUUCCGGAACUGUUAUUUUAACGUUAGACAAUUUUAUAGACGUGUGGAAAGCGGUGGAUCAGCUACAAAUAGAAUUUAUGAUAGCAGAUUGUGAAACAUUUGCCUUAAAAGUAAUGUCAGAAGACAACCUUGUGAACAUAUGGACGUUGGCGGACAAGUUACAGAAACAAGAGAUCAUAACGAAAUGUGAGGAAUUUGCUCUGAACGUUUUUAUCAAGAACUUUGAACACAUUUUUAAAACAGCAAAAACCGUAGAAUCCAGAAAAGUAAUGGAUGCUUGUAAAAGUUUUAUGUUAAAAAACUUUGAUGGUGUAAGUAGGAUGGUUUCUAUUAUGGAACUUCCUUUUGAAGAGUUUCUGCGUUUGAUUGAGAGCCGAGAUCUUAAUAUGAGUUCGGAAGAUACAGUUCUAGAGACGGUGAUAAAAUGGGUUAAGUAUGUGCCAGAAAACGAUGUGGAAUUUGCUGUCCUCAAAAUGAGCUUAAGCGAUUUCCAAUUUGAGAAAGGUAACGAUCAAAGUACUGAAGAAAAAUUGGUUGAGGAUUCCGGUGAUAGUUAUCAUGGCGUUUCUGACUGUGUUGAAUUACCUAUAGAUGAAAGUCAUAAUUUGUUAGAAGUUGGUAAUAGGAUUCAAUUGUUGGCAACUUUAUUGAAGUCUGUAAGGACCUCACUUGUGAGUACUCCAAUAUUGGAUUAUUGUCUAAAGCAUAAGCUAAUGCUUGACAAUACUGAAGCAAGAGAUAUUCUGAUUAACUGA